AUGGCUCGACUGAAUAUGGCUGUCAUGAUGGCUUUGGCCUACCUCGCAACGCAGAGCAAAGCACGAGUCGCGCCGGCUGAACAGCCGACGACGACGACGACGACCGGAUGCAUCACCACCAUGACGGUGACGUACUCACGACUGUCGACGCCGCCGUACUGGCCGCAGUGCUCAUUCGACGGGACGGAGCGCAUCUACACGUCAACAGUGACGGAGACGCACUCGAUCGACUGCCACGGGUGCCAUCAGGUGGCGGUACGGGGCUGGCCUGAGUUGCACUGCCCGGCCAUGAUUAUCACGGCGUCGGUGACGGAGGCGACGCCUUCGACGAAGCAUAAGACGGUGUGUGCGGCGAGUUGGUAG